GUGCAGAAGGCCCAAGAGGGGGAGCUGUCGGGAAGUACGCUGACACUGAAGGUAAAAGUGGGAGACUGGGUGAGGGUAAAAGUCCACAAGAGAAAGUGGCUGGAACCCAGGUGGACUGGACCGUACGAAGUGAAGGAGGUUACUUCACACUCAGUCCAGGUCAGAGGUAAAUCAGGCGCACCCUGGCACCAUCUAACUCAUUGCACACCAGCCCCCACUCCUUCUAGAUCACUGACAGAAGUCAGGGCUGAUUUGAGCAGCCAAAACCAAUAUUUGACACCAAAAUGAAGGUUCCCUUAUGGGAAAAAGAACCUCGACCAGGUAGAAGGAGAAAUCUUUGCCAUCGCACCCACUCCAAACGAACAAGCUCAAAAUCUACCCCUUUUAGGGGAAGAUGAAAUAGAAUUUGAACAACAGCUUUGAUGUAUUUAAUCGUGCACUAGAGGGGGACUAACAUUGUUUAAUUAACUGGCCAAAUAAUUAGUAUGCUAGAGGGGGAUAGUUGAAAUUUUUUACAAUUGCAUUAUGCGUUAUCAUGUGUUGUUUUCUUUUCUGCAUUAUUGUUUUUCUUUUAAGACUGAUUCAACUAUGCUUCAUGCCACCAUAAUUAAUGGAUCACGUCUGGGAGACGUGAAGAGGGGGAUUUGUCGUAGUAAAUAUAAUUUGUUAUAGAUUGGUCUGGUUUGUCAUGUGUCUGAUAUUAACAGUGGGCUGUUGUGUUAGUUGUCGAACAAAGGACAGAGAAGAGCAGCCAUAUCUUGUCACCAGAUGGCCUAGUCUUGCAGGAGUGCAAUAACAGGACAACACCCACGCCCAAGGCCACAAUCACCAGAUCCUCCUCACCAGUUCCCUGGACACACACAAACAUUUCAUUUGCACCACGCACACUCAUUCUCAGGCCACACGAGUUCCCUGGACACACACAAAACAUUUCAUUUGCACGCACACUCAUUCUCAGGCCACACGAGUUCCCUGGACACACACAAAACAUUUAAUUUGCACGCACACUCAUUCUCCACUCCCCUGUCUACUGGUCGGGUGCCAAGGGCAGAGGACUCUGCCGUGCACCAAUGGGGCAUCUGCUCUGGACAGAGCAGACCCGCCUCCUACGCCUCGGGAACCAAUCAAGGGACUAGAAGAAGGACCCCUUCCUUUAUGUUACAUUGUAUAAAGUAAUGCUGUAAACUCUGUUUAAUCAUCCUUCUCAACUGUCUCCAUAAGAGGCAAUUGAUUGGGUCCAUGCAUUGGGCCCAUGCAUGUAGCUUGAACAGUACAAGCUAUCUCUGUGUUUAAUAAACUGCCUUUUGCUUAAACCUAAUUCCACUCUGUCUAGCGUCGUUGGUUUUGUACUUCCUCUCCUAAUUAUGUGUUCACCAACAAAUUGGUAGCAGAGGAUGGUUUCUAAUUCGAUCUAAAGAGUUGGUGCGAGAGGAAAAGGCAAAUCAUCGAUCUAAAAACAGACGGAAGAGUGACCUGUAAUCCAGGAGACAUCAACUAUUCAUCUUACCUCAGGAACCUGAUCAGAGAGCUCUCCAAAAAAAAGGUAUGCAGAGCCUGUUAAAACGAAAUCUUGCAUAUUGUAUUAUAGACCAAUACCAAAUUUUGAUCAGAAGUACUGAGUGUGAGUAUGAAUACUUAUUAAAUAAUUUCCAUCCUAAUGAUUUAAGGCAUACAUGAGAUAUCUGGUACUGUGUUUUAUACUAAGGAAUAAAGGAAUAAGGAAUAAAGGAAUAAGGAAUAAAGGAAUAAGGAAUAAAGGAAUAAGGAAUAAAGAUAAACGUAUCCAGAAUGUGUCAAAUUACGGAUUGACGCAUUGGUGGAUAAGAUUUGACCCAUAAAUCUAGAUUCCUAAAGGGACCCAGUUUGUUCUGAAAUCUCUCGCAUAAAAUAUAUCCUAUAGGGGAGGUCCUACCCUAUAGGUUGCGAGGAGGUUGAAGUUAAACUGUGGCAGAGUUCUAGACAUUAGGUGGGGGAGAAUCACCGAAAUUGACCAGAGGUACUAAAUUCCCGGGGAUGCCAGUUAUCUCUGUGAUUUCACACUUAAAACGUUCCAUAUAAAUGGUUGUGUGAAAGGUACAAUUAAGCUGAGACUAAGUCCUUCCUAGUGAUCGAGUUGUCUAAAAAAAAUCCUUUGAUAGGGAUCCAGUUGCUUCUGUGACUUCACAUAAGUAUAAGGUUGUGUGAAGGGUGGCAGUUGAACUGAGACUAUGUUUUAGGACGCUCUGGUAACCUAAAUUUUUUAAGGUAUUGAAUUCUAAUUGGCAGUUUUGUUUUGCUGUGUUUAUAUUUUAACGUGUCUGUGUUAUAUCUUAAACGUGUGAUGGAGGAUGGGAAGUAAUAGUGAGACCUAUGACAUUGAAAAUCAAACUGUUGAACUGAGUGAAUUCGACCUAGGGUUUCAGGAACCAGGGACUGGGGAAACUGAUAUUGGAUCUGUGCAUGAUUUUACAACAGGAAGUGAGACAACUAGAACGUGUUGUGUGCUGUGGAGGAAUUACUGCAUUGGUAUAUGUGACUGGAAUUCUGAUUUAUAUGACAUUAAUUGUAUUAAAAAUUAUAUAAAUUAACACUUUAUAUGCGAGGGUGUCGUACAUGAGAUAAGUCUGUAUUGAUACCGAUAAUACAUUCCUGGAAAUAAAACACCAGGGACGGGAUAAGUGUAUAAAGAUAGUAAAGCAAGAUGGCAGGGCCAAACCCAACCAAACCCAAAUUUAAUGAAUAUCUAGAACAACGGAUGACAGAUAGGGCAGGGGGAAAAGAACAGUAUAGGAAAGUUAAAAAAGUGGCGUUGGAGAGCAGGAGGGUGCAACCAAAGAAAUCAGAUACGAUGUGUGUGUGGCAACUGAAGCGCCAGCAGAGAUGAAAACUCCAUUUAAGGGUUCUCCUACAGCUUCCCCAGAGGCCAGUACCAGCACCGCUCCUGGCCCCACCUCACUAUACAGCCUAAAAGGCACCAUGACUUUUGGCCCACAACCACAACCAUGGCCUCAGCAAGGCACUCCACCAGGUCCUCCUAGAAGAGGGAACUACCUGUGCUACAACUGUGGAAAAACUGGACAUUUUAAAAGAGACUGUAGAGGAAAGGGAGGACCCCCACAACAACCAUAAACCCACCUGUCUGAACUCCAGGUGCCCGAAGGCGUGAUCCUCAUCCAAUACUACUACCACCGACAUCACAGACUGAACUCAACCAAGGCGAUAUAGCACAGUUACAGAGCUCAGCAGGACCCUAUGAACACUCAGUCUGGGCCCAGGAGGGGGCGGCAGAGGACAGGACGAACUCUGGAGGUGCCAUGAUGGAAGACUAGUUGAACCAGCUAGACUCUGCCCAGAACUGUUGAGUGAGGCCCACGGGCCCACGCACGAGGGAAAGUUUAAGACCCUCCAAAAGUUCCCACACAUCUGGUGGCACCCUCACAUGACAGAAACUGUAGACAGGUUUUCAAAAUGGGUAGAGGCAAUUCCUACAGAAACUACAGAAUAAGAGGAUGCUAGGUCAGUCAUUAAGUGGCUACAAACUGAAUUAAUACCCAGGUACGUUAUACCAAGGCAGAUAAGAUCUGACAACCACACAUUUUAGCAAAAAACACCUGAAAAAGGUGGAGGUAAGAUUCGGAGUCGUGCACAGAUUCGGUUCAGUAACAUCCACAGUCCCAGGGACUCGUGGAACGUGCCAACCAAACAUUUAAAGCUAAAAUAACAAAGGUUGGUGCAGGAACAAAAUUAACAUGGGUCGAAGCCCUGCCUUUGGGUCUGUUGGCUAUGAGAGCCUCGCCAGGGGCAGGCACCCAUCUCUCUCCUCAUGAGAUAAUGUAAGGGAGAGAAAUGCCAGGUCCACCAAGGGAGGGAGGUCAUAUGCCCGCCCUUGAUGUACAACAGAUAGAGAUGACUGAUUAUGUGAUGAAAUUGACGGAAUUUUCUGCAGCACUCUCUUCUCAGGUGCAGAAGGCCCAAGAGGGGGAGCUGUCGGGAAGUACGCUGACACUGAAGGUAAAAGUGGGAGACUGGGUGAGGGUAAAAGUCCACAAGAGAAAGUGGCUGGAACCCAGGUGGACUGGACCGUACGAAGUGAAGGAGGUUACUUCACACUCAGUCCAGGUCAGA